GAGGCUCGGCCGGUUCUGACGACCACGAAUUCGAUCCGUCGGCCGACAUGCUUGUUCAUGAUUUUGACGACGAGCGCACCCUGGAGGAAGAGGAAAUGCUGGCGGCGGUGGACGAGGCCAACGCCAAUGAGAUUGAAGACCUGGCGCGGGAGGGCGAGAUGCCAAUACACGAGCUGCUUAGCCUUUACGGUUAUGGGAGCAGAUCYCCAGCAGAGGAGGAGGAAGAUGAGGAAGACGAAGAACCCGAGGAGGAGGAGGAUGAAGAAGAGGAUGAGGAAGAAGACCUGGAUAACGAUGAAAGCAGUAGAAGUACCGGCGAGCUGAAGAGAAGUGAGGGUGAGGAUUUUAAGACCUCAUCAGGACAGGCGGACGAGGCCAAGACCACAUUUGAAGGCCGGACGCGCUCUGUCCGGUCCCUUGGCACUGCAGAGCUGAUUCGCCCUCAGAGACUAAAGUACUUUGAAAGUCACAAUGAUGCUGAGGAAGAGUCAGAUGAAGAUGAGGACUAUGUUCCCUCUGAAGACUGGAAGAAGGAGAUCAUGGUGGGCUCCAUGUAUCAGGCAGAGACCCCUGCUGGGUUGAGUAAAUACAAAGACAACGAGAAAGUUUAUGAAAACGACGACCAGCUGCUGUGGAACCCUGACUGUGUUCCUGAGGACAAAGUGGUGGAGUUCCUGACGGAGGCGUCGAGGCGGACCGGAGAGGAGAAAGGAGUGGACGCCAUCCCAGAGGGGUCGCACAUCAAAGACAACGAACAGGCCCUGUAUGAACUGGUCAAGUGUGACUUUGACACAGAGGAAGCUCUGAGGAGGCUCAGGUUUAAUGUGAAAGCAGCCAAAGAAGAGAUCUCAGUCUGGACUGAAGAGGAAUGUAGAAAUUUUGAACAAGGACUAAAGUCUUAUGGGAAAGAUUUUCAUUUAAUACAGGCCAACAAGGUGAGAACUAGGUCUGUAGGAGAAUGUGUGGCCUUUUAUUACAUGUGGAAGAAGUCUGAGCGUUAUGAUUUCUUUGCACAGCAAACCAGACUCGGAAAACGGAAAUACAACCUUCAUCCCGGUGUCACGGACUACAUGGACAGAUUGUUGGAUGAGACGGAGAGCGCCACAUCCAGCAGGGCAGCCUCUCCGCCUCCCACCACCUCCAGCAGCAGCACCAGCCACUCCGAGCGGGAGGACAGCAGCAGUCAGAACGGGGUCGCCGGUCACCCUGUGGAGGCCUCUCAGUCGUCCCAAGUCAAAGCUGAGGGGGUUCAGUCCAACGGGCCGUCUCAUCCAGAGGAGCCUCCUCUUCCUCCUCCUCUUCCUGACGCCAGCUCCAACGGCUGCAGCCAGCUCGGCUCGCCCAGCCACGACAGGAACGGCUCUCUGGAGCCUCUGCCGGACCACAAAACCCCAGCAGCCCUGGCGCCCGACAGGCCCGCCAAGAGGUGCAGGACAGAGGCGGAGCCACUGGGCCCUGGUGACGUGGAACCAGCCAGAACACACGAGAACUGAACGGACUCGGCAAAAAGAAAAAAAGACUCUGAUGUAGGGGGACAGCUUCUCUGCUCAGCUGAGCAGAGGAGGAGGAGGAGGAACCUGAGCCGACUCCAGGUUCCCGAUAGGCUGAGGAGCAGCCCCUCCCCCUGCCCUGCCCCCACAGACCGUCUGCAGAGCUCACCCCAAAGUACCACAGCAAAACCAUAUCUGAACUCACCCAUCGUCUCUAGUCUGGGUUUUGGAGAGCGUCAAAAUUUAGCCAAGACUUUUCUUUUACUAUUUGUACUUAAAUUACCAGCCAUUAUUUUUUUACACAGGAGAUAUUUAUAUUUUUUCACCUAAAAAAAGAGAAAAAGAACCGUUGAUGGCUGUUGGCGUUUUGAAACCGUUUUGUUUGCUGUUGAAGAAUGUUGGAACCACAACGAUGUAAGAAAAACAGGAGCCGGGUCCGCGCUGCUGGACCCGGCAGAACCGACCCCGGCAGAACCGACCCCGGCUCCUGUCCGUCGGUGAAUAAACCUGCAGGUUUGUUUGUGAAGAGCAGCUGACAUCAGUGAUGUCCUGUAAUAUAACUCACGUAGACCUCUGUAUUUUUUACAUUUUCAGAGUUCGAUGCUUUGUUUGUACUAGACAGAAAGUUUGUGACCUCACCUGUAAAGUCUGUACAGAUUUCUUACCUUUUUCUCUCUCUCCAACGUGUCUGGCUCUUCUGGUCUCUGUGUUUAUGUUGAGCAACUUCAGUUCAGAGUUUCUCUAAAAUGGACGUAAUUAAAAAUCUUUCCUGGUCUGACAGAACUUCCAGACUUUGUAACGUUGCUCGGUUUGAGAGUUUGUGUUUCGCUUUAAAAUAAUAAAAACUGUUGGUUCUUUCCAGAACAACCUGUUCUGGUUCAGCAA